CUUUUUCGACAAGGGAGGAGUUACGCGACGUCUAACUCCUAAAGCUUUUCCGCUCAAAUGGCGAGGAAAUCAACAAAUCCUGCACGGAGAGUGCGAUCCUUUUUCAAGCCCCUAGUUGAUGAUGACUUCUCUCGGCAUUUGUGUCUGCCACCUUUAUUCAUGGAGAAUUUCAAUGGACGGCCUCCCUGCAAAUGCACUCUUAGAGGCCCGAGUGGAGAAUCGUGGACAGUAGGAUUGGAAGGGAGAAAGGAUGGAAAGUUUUUCUUCCGCAAGGGUUGGCGUCAUUUCGUGGGGGACCAUCUAUUAGAAAUCGGGAAUUUCUUGGUUUUUGAGUACGAUGGCAACACAAACUUUGAGGUCAAAAUCUAAUCCAACUGGAUGCGAAAAGGAGGAAGCUGCAGCUGCCAAGAAUACAACUGGAAAUCAAGCUAGUAUUCGCAACCGAAAGAAAAGCAUGUUAUACAAGCCUGCUGAUGUGAAAGAAACAUCAGAUGGACUCAUCAUGUUCAGAUCCAAGUAUACAUGCUUCGAAAGAGAUGUGUCGAAGAACCCUUAUCGAAUGACUGUACCGAAGGAACUAGCUGUAGCAGUAGGUCUCAUUAAAAAGGAGAGGGUGAGACUUAUAGAUCCAAAUGGGAAGUCAUGGAAAGUUAAGCUCCGGCUCGAUGAUACAAAGUAUGGUAGCGGCCAUUUGCGCAUGACGGAAGGGUUGAUUGCAUGUUGGCGUGCGAACAACAUUUCACCCGGGGACACCGUAGUGUUCGAGCUUGUCAAUAAAAAGAGAAGUGAAAUGAAGAUUCAUUUCUUCAGAGCUGAAGCCGGAGGAAAGAGGCCAUGUCUUGUACUUGAACGUGAUGCCUCUGACCCUGAUGUGGAAAACUAAAGCUAGUAUUUACGUUACAUUAGACUCUCGUAUCGCAAUAUUCAUCGGUUGUAAUAUUUUAAACAUGGUCGUACCCAGUGCACAAGGCUCCCGCUUUACGCAAGGUCUGGGAGAGGUGAAAGUCGGCCAUGGAUCGACAAAAUUAAAUAGAGACGUGCAAAAUGAGAAAUGAGUGUGGAAAUCAUUUUUU